ACAGUGAGUUAAAUACCUGGCAACUAAGGCUUUGUUUAAAUAUUAGGGGAAGGCUGGUGGUAGGGAUAACGUUCCCCAACCCGGAUUUGGCAUGCUAUUAAUAUGCUGCUGUGGGUAGCUAGAAUCCUCAGGCUGGUUCUGGUCUUUCAUUCAGUUAAAGCUUUGCCUGAAAUUAAGGGCCAAAUUAACCAAAUAUGACACAUAUAUGCACAGCUCUGUGCCCCACUAACAGUUGCUUUCCUUCCAUGAUGCAGCUGAAGAAGGUGAUUAAACUUGACAAACACAGGUGGGAAUGUUUGAACCUAUUUAACUUCAUGAGGUUAUAAAAAUGCAGGCUCUUAAACUUUGCCAUGUGAGUAAAAUUGCUGUGCUUUGUUUAAUUAUAGCUAGAAAUAAGGAAUCUUAAAACUCCUGGAACACUAAGAGUGCUUCUGUGUUGUACAUACAGUUUGGCAGAGCCAGAAACAAGAAAGGAGAUUGUCCUGUAAGAAUAGCCUCUUUUAUUUACCAGACUUUGAAAUAAUUGGAAUGUAAUUUUGAACUUCAUUACCCACAUUUAGUUCUGUAAUAGACUGAAUUGGGAUAUCCAAUCCAAAUAAUAUUUUAACUUUCAGUUGUUACCUGAGAUCAGAUUUCCAGUUGUGAGGUAAAAUAACUUUCUUCUUUUUGCAGGUGCAUAAAAAUUAAUUGUUUUGAACUUUUAUCUAUUCUAAUUGCUUUGUUAUAUAGACCUAAAUAGAAAACUACUUUUGUUUCCAGGAAAGAACUGUUUACGCUACAAAGUUACAAGUUUUCUCUGCAAGUCCUGGAGACUUUGAGGUUAGAAGCAUUUUCACAUCUAUAGUAUCAGAAAAAGAAACUAUGUAGAACUCAAAGCCACUUCUCUUCCUGUGCGUGUGGCUUGAAGACUGGGCGUAUUUUAAUGUAUCAGUCAGCUUUUAUAGUCUCUUGUGCCGAGUCUCUUUUUAACUUUAGAAAAAUUAAUAUCUUCUCUUUGCUUGUUGCUCGUAACAAAACCAGAGACUUGACAAAAGCUUUUGUAACACUAGAGCUCUUUGUUGAGUGCAUUUGCUUUUAGUUGUUUUGAGGAUGUUUCUCUAAACAUACAUCAGUAAUAUCAAUGCCCAAAUAAAGGAGGUGGAGAACAGCCACCAGUUUUCUUUAAGGAAAGAUAAUAAUAGGAGUGCCACUCAUCUUUUAAAAGCAGUUUACUUCUGUGUGUCUUUCUUUGGUGGCUGCUGAAGAGAGACACCUAAGUGAUGGUUUGUGUGAAGACAGGCACAGUUAUUUUUCUUUUCAAACACAUCACCAAUUGAGUAAGAGCACAGGCACUUAGUAAACACCCAGACCGUUGUUCUGGAUAUAGUAGAACCCAUAGGACAGGAGUCUACAGAACAAGUGAAAUUUGGAGAAAAUGGCCUGUGAAUUUAAUUUGAACUUCCUUAAGGAAUUGGAACGAGAGGCUGUUCUGGAAGUCCUGUACCGUGAUGAGAUGGUGAGAAAAACAGAAGAGGAAAGAAUAAGGAAACUGAAACUGCAUCUACAUCAGCUUCGGUGGAAAGGGGCAAAAAAUGUAAGCCAUGAAUAUCAGGAGAGGUCUUGUGCUCGCUGCCACAAAUCACUUGGGUUGCUGAUGAACAGGGGGGCAGUAUGCAAUGGCUGCAGUCAUCGAGUAUGCUCUGAAUGCCGUGUCUGCCUGAAUCCCUGCCUUUGGAAAUGCACCAUUUGUUACGCUCAUGGAGAUGUUAAAGUAAAGGCUGGUGAAUGGUUCUUUGAGGAACGAGCAAAGAAAUAUCCAGGUGAAGGCAGACAUGAAACAGUUGGUGCAAAGCUCUUGAAAUCUUAUCAGAAACUGAGUAAAAUUUCUGUCGUACCUCCAACUCCACCUCCUUUCACAGAAUCAACAACAGGAACCAGUGUGAUGGUAAGUGAACUUGGAGAGUCUAAAAGGUUUAAUAAAUCUGUAGAAAACUUGUUUUUGUCUCUCACAACACAUAUAAAAAAAAUCUCAAAGUCCCAGAAUGAUAUGACUGACAGGUGUGUCCUAACCGCAGACUGUGGGAAGAAUGUGGAAAGAAGGUGGCAAAGAAGGAGCCAAUCUGACACUGCCAUCAACAUUACAAGCAAGAUGAAAAGUACACCCAGUCUGCAACAGCUCAUCACUGGGGCCCAAAAUGACAGUGAUAUUCUGGCAAAAAGUAGUUGCAAGGAGGAAGAAGACAUAACAACCAGUCCCACAAGUGAUACAGUUUUCUGUGAUGGCAGAAAACAUGGGAGUUUGUUUAGUCUUAACAGCACUUGCACUGAAUCUGGCAAUUUUGGCAAAGCUAAUGUCACAGGAGAAAUAGAGUUUGCCUUAAGAUACAUCUUCAGAGCUUGCAUCUUGGAAAUUCGCAUCAGGGGAUGCAAGAACUUGGCUUAUGGAGAAGAGAAGAAGAAAAAGUGUAACCCGUAUGUUAAGGUUUACUUACUUCCUGAUAAAUCUCCUCGGAGUAAGCGAAAGACAGCUGUCAAAAAGAACACAGUGGAUCCAGAGUUCGAUGAGACUUUGAAGUACAAGAUUGAAUACUCCCAGCUGCGAAGUCGGCAACUUCAGAUCUCUGUGUGGCAUGCGGGAGCACUCAAAUACAGGGUGUUUUUGGGGGAAGUAGUGAUUCCACUGGCAGCAUGGAAUUUUGAAGAGGACUCAGUGCAGUUUGACUGGUAUCAACUCAAACCCAAGCUUGAAAAACCUGAAGAUGGUCUUACCCAGUACAGCGGUGAACUCCUCUUGUCUGCAAGACUCUUGGUACCAACCCAGUGUAAAAAUUUCCAGUUUGAAGGAAAUAAAGACCAAGGCGUUCCCAACUACCAGCUCCAAGUUAUGAUAUUUGGGGCUAAGAACUUGCCCAUGCUGAGACCUGCUGGAAUGUUGAACUCCUUUGUUAAAGGUUGUCUUAUCCUUCCAAACCAAGCAGAGGUAAGGCAAAAGUCUCCUGUUCUGAAGAAAGAAGCCUGUCCUCAGUGGAAACACUUGUUUGUCUUUGAUGGUGUGACCCCAGCUCAGCUACAGCAAUCUUGUCUACACUUGACUGUCUGGGACAAGUCAGCUUUCAGCUCAAGUGAUCAAUUCCUAGGAGGAGCCAAGCUUGGUGCAAAGGAACUGUUUGGCUCUACAGACCUUGUUUCUCAUUCAAUACUCCCAUGGCAGGAAGUGCUCUGCAACCCAAACAUGUGGAUGGAUUUCACACUUGUACUACAUUCAAAUAAGGAAAACUUUAAAUCAUGAGAGAUUAUCACACAACAACUUUUCCUUCCCUAUGUGUAAUAUUUUAUACUCAAGUGGUACAUACACUUCAGGGCUGGGGAAAGGUAUG